AUGCAGUCUAAUGCACGACUAUCUCUAAAACCCGCUGUUGUUCUCUCCGCCUACCAAAGAACCUACUCAAGCCUACCGCAUCCUUGUACUUCUGAGCCGUCUCGGCCCAUUAAAGGGGAAUACGAUGAGAUAGAGAUCGAAGCCUACGCUUCAGAAAGUAGGUUGAGUGUCGCUGGUAUGACGCCGUCGUUUCAAGUAUAUACAAAGGUGGAAAGGCUCCGCAUAUUUUGCGUUGCGAGGGACUUUUUAACGCCUCCGCUGACCGACAAAAAGGCGUCCGCGCAAGUCCAUCGAGUCCUCACCGCAGAUAGAGUUUCAGCUUGCCAAAGGAGACAGAACAAUGAUUUAUUGGGUUACGCAUGGAGGCUAGCGACUGGAAUUGGCAGGUAUGAUUAUAACGGAGAAAGCAAAUGGCUUGUCGUUCGUAUGCCUACAGCCGUACACGAACUCAUCCGGUGGCGCAGCGCUUUUGCCUGGAGUGUGAAUCAGGCUGGUUUUACAAAGAUCUAUUUCCCAGUCGACAGUGCUCCUCCCAACACGAAGCCGAAGCACGAGCUGGAUGUUUCUUUCUGGUACAUUAAUGCACAGUACCCUAGGGUCAUUGUCGGAGUCACUUAUUCAGAGAAGGGGAAGAGGUUGGCCCGGCUAACAGAAGGUUUCCAUUUGGAUUUGAACGCUAGGGUGCAAAUAGUUGCGGGCUUUGAUACCAAAUAUGGCCGGAAAGGGUCGGUUAAAGCAACCAUGCCAAUAUGA